GCAGCAGUUUCAAAUCGUUGAUCCGUUCUCCCGGAUUGAGGAAUUAUUCCAAUUAUUUCGCAUAUUUUCCAGGUAAUUCAGAGAUCAGGGAAUCUAUUCCAUAAGAACAGGGAAUUGGCUAACAGGAGAAAUUGUCAUUUACUUUAGGUGAGCCAAAAUUCUCAACACUUGGUCCUUCUUCGUAUAGAAGGCAGAUUGAUCUUCGGGACCAGCACCAUGCCAAACAAAGGAUACAGCAAACGCAACUACAAGGGACAGCUCACGAUUGUGAAGAAUGUCAUCGAGAAAUACCAUAUAACUCCUGGGAAGUUGAAUGAACAGGGAGCUGAGGUCGAGCUGCUGGCCACCAGAGACACUCUUGAGCGCAUUGAAAAGAAAUUUCAAGCUUUACAGUCUGAGAUAAUCAAUGAAGCCCCACCGGAGACUAAGACGAAAGAACAGGAUGAAUUAUCAGCCUUUCUAGAUGAAUGCCUUGAGGUUGAAAUGACCAUCAGUACACUUUUGGCAAAAUUAACCUCAAAAUCUUCAGAGUCUACAGGCUUGAAUAUCAGUGGGGAACUUGGUGAAUCAGGCAAUGCCAGCAUUGCUUCUCUUGUUUCAUUGAUGACUCAACAGAUGAAGGAGCAAAGGCAGCAAAGAAUUAGUGAGGAGGUAAAGCUCAAAGAAAUUUUAUCUGCGCAAAGGGAGGAGUUUCAAAGAAUGUUGGAGAUAUCCAGAAGUGACUCAAUUACCAACAGAGAAGAAGAUGGUGCCAGACACAAUUCCACAGCAGAGCGUAGAGCCAAAUUGGAGCCCAUAAAGCUCCCCAUGUUCAGUGGAUCCUACGCUGAUUGGCACUCAUUUAAAAAUCUCUUCAUAUCCAGUGUGGGAAAUGACAGGACCUUGUCCAAAUCACAAAAAAUGCACUACUUACUCACGUCUACCAGCGGAGAUGCGUAUGGGCUUUUCAAAAACCUUGAGAUAACGGACUCAAAUUUCGACAUCGCUUGGGAAAGACUGGUAAAGCGCUAUGAGGACAAGAUGAUGAUCAUCACUUCACAUUUUGAGAGAUUCUUGAAGCAACCACAGAUCACCAAACCUGAUGCAGUAGCUCUGAGACAGCUUCAGGCAUCAACAACGCAGUGCUUGGAGGCAAUUGAUGCUUUAAAUGUCAACGAAAGGGAUCCUUGGUUAAUCCACCUGACCUUGAAGCACCUUGACUCCCAGACACAAGAAGCUUGGAGUGAAAAGCAGCCAGAUGGUGUUCCGACGUGGAAAGAUUUCGAUGACUUCCUCAACAAGAGAUGCCGUCAGCUCGAGUCGUGCCCACCUACCGUGCCUAAUCAACAACAACAAUCGCGCAGUAAGUCAAAUAAGGCGUUCACUUGUGUUGUAAGCAAUAAAAAAGAAAAUUGUCAGUAUUGCAAAAAGAAUCCUCAUAGGCUUUAUAAGUGUAGGAAGUUUUUGGGUUUGCCUCACAAAGAUAGGGUAGAAGUUGUUAAGAGCCUUAAGCUUUGCUUAAAUUGUUUGAUAGAUUCUCAUUCAAUUGAUUCAUGUAACUAUCAGGCGUGCAAAGAAUGCUCGCAAAAACAUAAUCACCUUUUGCAUAUUGCUUUUUCAAAUGAAAAAUCAAGGUCUCAGUCAGUUGCCAUUACCACUCAGCAAGAGAGUACCACAAAUCCCUUACCUCUUGUAUUGCCAAGAAAUUCCUCUUCCACCGGUACUUCCCUAAGUAUUUCUGGAGCUGAUGGGGGAGUGAAGACUAAGGUUUUGUUUGCAACUGCGAUCGUUUCUCUCUUGGGUCCUGACAAUAUUUCACUGAAGUGCCGAGUAGUACUCGAUCCCGCCUCCCAAAUUAAUAUUAUAACGUCACGCAUGUGCCAACGUUUAAGUUUGAAGCCAAGACGAAGUAAUCUUGUGGUAGAUGGGGUUGGAUCCAUAUCUCAGGCCAGUCAGCAUGAAGUUGAAAUAAAAAUGCGAUACCAGAGGGGUCUCGAGUUCAUAACUGAGUCACUUGAUUGUAUUGUCAUGCCCAAAGUUGUGGGAGAUCAGCCUAACUGGGAGGUGGACUUAUCACAAAUUCCCUUACCCCCAAAUCUUAAAUUGGCCGAUCCCUCUUGGCAUGUCAGUCAAAAAAUUGAUCUCCUCAUUGGCGGUGCCCAUGUUUGGCAAUAUUUCUUGAAUGAACGCCAGGAAUUGGGUGAGGGAAUGCCCAUUCUUCAGUCAAGCGUGUUCGGAUGGUUGGUUGUAGGACCAUGUCCCGAAGAGAGGGGGCCCACCGGAGCUUGUUACAUAACCACUCUCGCCAGCAUUGACCGGACAAUUAAACGAUUUUGGGAGAUUGAGGAGAUCCCUAAGGAGACAAUUAUUGAAUCUGAACAUCGCGAAGUUGAGGAGCAGUUUCGUUUGACUACUCAUAAAAAUUCAGAGGGUCGAUAUGUUGUUCAAAUUCCCCUGAAACCAAAUAUUGAAGAUCUCGCUGAUAAUAAAUUGAUUGCCACUCGUCAGUUAAACUAUCUCUUGUCCAGAUUGCCAAGGCAUCCAAGACUCUUUGCAGAAUAUGAUACCAUAUUUAAAGAGUACUUGUCACAAGGCAUCAUUGAAAGGGUUCCGCUGACUGAGUUGUCAAAUCCUUCCUAUUACCUUCCUCAUCACGCUGUGGUCAAGGAGAAUGCAGUUUCUACAAAAACUCGAAUUGUAUUCAAUGCAAGUUCUAGGACAAAGACUGGAUUAAGUUUCAAUGACUGCAUUAAAGCUUGCCCUGUAGUGCAACCUACUCUGAUUUCCAUUCUGUGGAGAUUCCGCCUGAAUGAGAUAACACUUACAUGUGAUAUAAAACAGAUGUACCUCCAGGUUGCAUUACAUUCUCCUCAUAAAGACUACCACCGAUUUUUGUGGAGGGAAGGCAGUGAGGUAAUUUAUUAUCGGUUCACGAGGGUGUGCUUCGGAGUGGCUGCAUCCCCAUUUUUGGCCACCCGGGUGUUGAAUAAGAUAGCUGAAGAUGAGAGUCAAACGUACCCCCUUGCCGCGUCAGUUUUGCGUCACAACUUUUAUGUUGAUGACUGCUUGGUUUCAGUGUCAACGGUUCAGGAGGCUUUAACAGUCAAAGAACAACUGACUGGCAUCUUGAGAACUGCUGGAAUGGAAUUAUCCAAAUUCAGAAGCAACCGUCCACAAAUUCUUGCGAACAAUGAUCACAAUGCAGAUGAUUCUGACCUUAUACUGGAUGAAGAGUCAAAAACGCUGGGUAUCAUUUGGAAUCCACGGGAAGAUGAAUUCAGGUUCCGAGUAGCAGAAGAUUUACAGUCCACUCCUGUCACUAAGAGAAACAUACUCUCAAAGAUAGCUCGGAUUUUUGACCCAUGUGGUCUGAUUGCCCCAGUAGUGACGUCAGCCAAAGUGAUUAUGCAAGUUUUGUGGAGAAAAGGGCUUGAAUGGGAUGAUGAGGUUCCGGAAUGUCUGGAUAGACAAUGGAAAGCUUUCGUGGGAGAUUUGAAAAAUGUUGACGACUUAUGCAUUCCUAGAUGGAUUUGUGCGGUAGAAAAUCCAGUGAAGAAGGAGCUUCACGCGUUUUCCGAUGCAAGCAAUCUCGCAUAUGGAGCAGCAGUGUACUUGAUAUAUGAAGACAGUAACCAUAGGCGUUGUUCUGGUUUAGUGAGUGCAAAAUCGAGGUUGAAUCCCAUUAGUUCAAAGGAUGAUCAUGCACAAUCACUUACCAUUCCAAAAGCUGAACUCAGUGGUGCUGAGUUAGCCGUACAACUGAUGUCUGCCGUAGGUGAGUCGUUGGGCAUACAGGAGAGAUAUUACUGGACAGAUGCCAAAGUUGUUCUCUACCAGAUUCACUCCAAAGCUCAUCGAGACGUUUUUGUUCGAAAUCGUGUCAUGAAAAUUCGCUCAUUUUCCACACCUUCACAAUGGAGGCAUGUGCCAACGAAGCAAAAUCCAGCUGAUGUGCUUUCCAGGGGGUGGAUUAUGUAA